GGCAACAUGCAAAGCAGCAGCAUUUUCAUCCUGGCAGUUGUUGCCAUUGGUGCCUGCGUCGAGGCCAUGCCUCAGCGCUUCCAGACGCUACCCUAUUAUCCAAGACCAACACCGCAACCGCGUCCCAUUCGAGUGCGCCGGCAGGUCCUGGGCGGUUCACUGACAUCUAAUCCGGCAGGUGGCUCUGACGCUCGCCUGGCGCUCAGCAAAGGCAUUGGCACUCCCGAUCACAAUGUCAUUGGACAAGUGUUCGCCGCAGGCAACACACAAAAAGGACCCAUUACCACUGGAGGAUCGGUCGCCUACAACAAUCAUGGACAUGGAUUUGACCUGACCAAGACCCACACCCCUGGCGUACAGGACAGCUUCCAGCAGUCGGCACAUGCCAAUCUUUUCAACAAUGGCAAGCACAACCUGGACGCCAAGGUGUUUGCCUCUCAGAACAAGCUAGCCAACGGCUUUGAGUUCCAGCGGAAUGGCGCUGGCCUGGAUUACUCGCACAUCAAUGGGCACGGCGCCAGCUUGACGCACAGCAACAUUCCCGGCAUUGGCAAGCAAUUGGGUCUGGAUGGACGGGCCAACUUGUGGUCAUCCCAGGAUCGUAAUACUCGCCUAGAUCUGACCGGUACUGCCUCCAAGUGGACUAGCGGACCAAUGAGCGGACAGUCCAACUUUGGCGGUGGACUGGGUCUAACCCAUAUCUUCGGUUAAUUAUGUCAAUUUGCCAUUUACGAAUAUUUAAAUUAUUUAUUUA